UUCAGAUAUUAGAUAUGGGUAUUGUUGAAAAGAUCCAAGAAAUUGAGCAUGAAAUCAGCAGGACGCAGAAGAACAAGGCCACCGAAUACCAUUUAGGUCUUCUGAAAGCAAAACUUGCGAAGUACAGACAGCAGUUAUUAGAACCAACUACAAAGGGUGGUACCACUAAGGGUGAUGGCUUCGAUGUGAUGAAGAGUGGUGAUGCUCGAGUAGCCAUGGUUGGCUUCCCUUCAGUCGGCAAAUCGACAUUAUUGUCGUCACUUACAACAACAGAAAGUGUUGCAGCUUCGUAUGAGUUUACCACACUUACGUGUAUACCCGGUGUUAUCGAGUAUGAGGGAGCCAAUAUACAACUGCUUGAUUUACCCGGUAUCAUUGAAGGAGCUGCGCAGGGUAAAGGUCGAGGAAGACAAGUUAUAGCAGUUGCAAGAACAGCUGAUAUUAUUUUGAUGAUGUUGGAUGCUGCAAAAGGUGAAAUGCAGAAAAAUCUUCUUUCAAAAGAACUGGAAUCAGUGGGCAUUCGUUUAAACAAAAAGCCGCCAUUAAUUUAUCUCAAGCAGAAGAAAAUCGGAGGAUUGAAGUUUACGCAUACGGUUCCAAUAACAUAUUGCAACGAAAAGCUGGUAAUGACUGUAUUGCACGAGUACAAAAUUUUUAAUGCUGACGUCGUUUUCAGGGCUGACUGCACAGUGGAUGAAUUGAUUGAUGUUAUACAAGGAAACCGUGUGUAUAUACCAUGUCUUUAUGUAUAUAACAAAAUCGACCAAAUAAGUAUGGAGGAAGUAGACAGGUUAGCUCGUCUCAGUGAUUCAAUUGUGAUUAGUUGCGAAAUGAAAUUAAAUAUGGACUACAUGGUAGAAAAAAUUUGGGAAUAUUUGGCACUCAUCAGGAUAUACACCAAAAAGCCUGGAAAUGCACCUGACUUAGGACCAAACGAUGGCUUAAUAUUACGACGUGGAGCAACAAUUGAACAUGCUUGUCAUGCCUUGCAUCGUAGUCUUGCUGCUUCAUUUCGGUAUGCAAUUGUUUGGGGUACCAGUGCGAAGUUUUCACCGCAGCGAGUGGGCAUUCACCAUAAACUUCAUCACGAAGAUGUAGUACAAAUUGUCAAAAAGUGAUUCUUUGGGAAUUUUUUUUGUCAAUGUAGUUUAUUACUGCUUCGUUGCUUUGAUUUCGUGUUUUUUUUUCCUGUUCUUGUUUCAAUAUUGUUCAUUGUUACCGGUAAGAGGGGUAGUAAUAUUCAUCUUCAUUUAGGAGAUAGUACUAAAUGAAGAUAGUUAAAGAUAGUUUUGCUCAUUCGAAUUUUUUUAUCAGGAUAAAUAUUCGAAACAUAUUCAGAAAUUUCUGCAUGUAAUGUAUUUUUACUGAGAAAGAAGGAAUAAUUAUUGGAAAGUUUGCAUUUUUGUUGUUGAUGGGUGAAGUUUGUUUUCUAUGCUUGUGCUUUACCUUAUUUUAUCGUGCUUGCUUUUAGAUUCUGAGUAUGGGUUGUGGCUAAUGAAAGUAUGAAUCCAAAACUCAAAUAUAAUAUAUGAUGUGCCUUGUGAAGGGAAAAAUAUCAAAUUUAAAAUAUGUGGUAUGCAGUUGAAUUAAAUGAUC